UCUGGAUUUAGGUACCGAAAGAAGCAUAAGCAUGUUGAUAUGAAGGCCAUUAAGAACUGGGCAAGGCAGAUUCUUCGAGGCUUGCACUAUCUGCAUUCACACAAUCCUCCAAUUAUUCAUAGAGAUUUGAAGUGUGACAAUGUAUUUGUUAAUGGAAAUAAUGGAGAAAUUAAAAUUGGAGAUCUUGGGUUGGCGAUAGUCAUGCAGCAGCCUACUGCCCAUAGCGUAAUUGGCACCCCGGAAUUCAUGGCUCCAGAGCUUUAUGAUGAGGAAUACAAUGAACUUGUCGACAUCUAUUCUUUUGGCAUGUGCAUGUUAGAAAUGGUGACUUGUGAAUACCCUUAUAGUGAAUGUAAAAAUCCAGCACAAAUUUACAAGAAGGUUACCUCU